AGCGGCUCGCUCGCGGCUCUCCACGACCAUGGCGCUGAGCGGGAACUGUAGGACUAACCCCAAAGAGCAGGCGUCCGUCCAGAACAGCUUCCCAGAUGUGGUUUGAAUUAACGUAGGGGGGCAGGUUACUACACGCGACACUCAAACUUUGGUCGGCACCCCCAAUUCUCUGCUGGGAAAGCUGUUCUCGUCCAAAAAAGAUGCAUCCAACGACCUGGCCAGAGACCCCAAGGGCCGCUACUUCAUCGACAGAGACGGCUUUUUAUUCCGCUAUGUGUUGGAUUAUCUGCGGGACAAACAGGUCGUCCUCCCCGAUCACUUCCGGAGAAAGGGAGGCUGAGGAAGGAGGCGGAGUACUUUCCAGCUGCCCGACUUGUGGAAGCUCCUGACCCCGGAGGAGGUCAAGCACAGUCCAGACGACUACUUAUUCCACACGGACUACGAGGAUGGCUCCCAGGGCAGCGAUCCCCGCGUGUGCCCGCCGCCGUCCCUCGUGCCCGCGGACAGGAAGAGCGGCUUCGUCACGGUGGGCUACCGGGGGUCGUGCACCAUGGGCCGAGAGAGUCAGAGCGACGCCAAGUUUCGCAGAGUGCCGCGGAUACUCAUUUGCGGGCGCGUGGCUCUGGCCAAAGAAGUUUUCGGGGAGACCCUGAACGAGAGCAGGGACCCGGACCGGACCCCGGAUCGGUACACCUCCCGCUUUUAUCUCAAGUUCAAGCACCUGGAGAGGGCGUUUGACAUGCUGUCAGAGUGCGGCUUCCAGAUGGUGGCCUGCAACUCGUCAGUCACCGCCUCCUUUGUCAACCAGCACACCGAGGACAAGAUCUGGUCCAGCUACACAGAAUACGUCUUCUACCGUGGUCCAUCACGUUGGUCGUCCCCUCCAUGUGACUGCUGCUGCAAGAACCAGAAGGGCGAUGGGGAGGGCGAAAGCGGCACAUCUUUCAAUGAGCUUUCCACCUCUAGCUCUGAGAGCCAAUCAGAAGCCAGCUCUCCCCAGGGUACAGUCAUCUGUGGUCCCGUCAGUCGGCAUCCACACACCCAUGCCAAUGUCCAAACACUAGAUCGGCCAUUGAAAAAGGGUCCCAUCGCCAUGCUCCAGCAGUCUGAACAGCGGCGGAAGAGUGACUUGCUGCGCACGCUCACGGCAAGCUCCCGCGACACCAGCACUUGCAAGAAGAGGCCGACGAAAGAGAAGUUAACCGUUGAGGAGGAGCUGGAAAAGUGCAUUCAAGAUUUCCGCAAGAUAAAGAUCCCAGAGAGGUUCCCUGAAAGGAAAUACAUGUGGCAGGCUGACCUGCUCAGGAAGUACCGACUCUGAGUCAGGCAACAGAGGGAGCAGAC